GUGAUCCUGGACGUCACCAAGACAGAGAGCAUCUCUGCGGCCGCCCAGUGGGUGAAGGAACGUGUGGGGGACAGAGGACUCUGGGGCCUGGUGAAUAAUGCGGGCAUCUCUGUGCCCACGGCACCCAAUGAGUGGCUGACCAGGCGUGACUUCAUGAAGAUACUUGACGUGAACCUGUUGGGGUUGUUGGAGGUGACGCUGAGCCUGCUGUCCCUAGUGAGGAAGGCGAGGGGCCGCGUGGUCAAUGUCUCCAGCAUCAUGGGCCGGCUGUCCCUUUUUGGUGGGGGCUACUGCAUCUCCAAGUAUGGCGUCGAGGCCUUCUCGGACUCCCUCAGGAGGGAGCUCUCCUACUUUGGAGUGAAGGUAGCUAUGAUCGAGCCUGGUUACUUC